GUCCUGCGAACGAGACUGCGCGUGAGUUGCCUCUUUGCUUAAAAAUGGCGGGGGGCGUAAUGCACAGCUUUGGGAAGUGGUUCUGGAACGAAGAUGUUUGGUUACCUCCAAACACAACUUGGGCCGAUAUUAAGAAGACAGAUAAAGUGAAGUAUGCUCAAUUUGACGACCUAUAUUAUGGCUUCGUUGUGGCAUUGGUGCUUCUCGUCAUCCGGUAUACACUUGAAAGGUUGUUGUUCUGCCCCCUGGGUGCAUACCUCGGCUUAAGGGUCCGUGGCGCAAAGAGGGCCCCCGACAACCAUGUGCUCGAGAAAGCCUUCCUGUCCAAUGGAAAGAUGGGAUACAAACAGGUUCAGGGCUUGGCUAAACAGUUGGAGUGGACGGAACGGAAGGUGCAGCGCUGGAUCCGGCAGCGGGUACUGCAGGAACGGCCUUCGACGCUGACAAAAUUUACAGAAAGCACGUGGAGGUUCACUUUCUACUUCUGUGUCUUCUGCUAUGGCUUGUACGCCCUCUCGGAUAAACCCUGGUUGUGGGAUACCAUGCACUGCUGGUACGACUACCCCCACCAUAGCGUUACUAACGACAUUUGGUGGUAUUACAUGAUUGAGCUUGGCUUUUACUGGUCGCUGACCUUCUCACAGUUUCUGGACACAAAACGAAAGGACUUCUGGCAAAUGUUUGUACACCACAUUUUGACAAUUUUACUCCUUUCCUUCUCUUGGGCGUGCAACUUGCAUCGUAUUGGCUCCUUAGUACUCAUCGUUCAUGACUUUGCAGACGUACCCCUGGAGGCAGCCAAGAUGGCAAAGUAUGUGAAGAGACAGCGCUUGGCCGAUGUUACUUUUGCAAUUUUCACCAUAUGCUGGAUCAUCUCUAGGCUGGGGCUUUACCCCUAUAGGGUCAUCUACAGCACAUUGUUUGAAGCGGUGAAGGUGAUAGAAAUGUUUGCAGCCUACUACAUCUUCAACUCUCUCCUAACUGCACUGCAAGUGCUGCACAUUGUCUGGACGUGGAUGAUAGCGCGGAUAGCACUGCAAGCAAUAUCCACCAAUGGGGUGAAAGACCUUCGUAGUGAUGAUGACUCUAGUAGCGAAGUGGAAGUGUCGUCCGCCAACAACCAAGCAUCGGGAGAUUUCAGGAAAAGCAAAAGCCGUAAAGCAGACUAAAAGUCGCUCCCCCCGCAAUCGUUCAGCAACACUCUGGUGGAACAGGAUGGUUUUUGCAGCUUUCUUUUUCUAAUACGGACAACUGGGACACUUAAAAAGGAGGACGAGCAACUCUGCAGAUAUGUCCAGGAAUGACGUAACUGUGACAGUGUAUAUCGCGUGUAUUUCUGAGGUUCAUCUGGCAACGGCGUCUCUUAUAUGCAUGUACCAAGUACGUUUUUCUCGAGUUGGGUGUCGCUUGAGGUUCCGCACAGGAAAUCAAUUUUUGGUGCGAAUUCUGAGAAAUUUACUGGUCACCGCGUCAUUUGGUGUUUGUUUGGACUCUUAGCUGCAAAUUGUGCACAAUUUUUCUUUUCUUUUCUUUUUUUUUUCUGUGCAUAUGGAGUCUGUGCAGGUGUUGUAUAAUUUAUUUUUGUACUGCAUGAUUUGAGUUUGAUGUAUGUUGCUUCUGUGAACUUUCUAGGCUAUGUUGGUCUCGUGGGUACCUGCAGCGGUCGUGUUUUUUUACUGCGGGUGGGAGAGAUUAAAUGAAAACUGAGAAGUACCUAAGGUUCAUAAUAGGGUCAAGGCAGGGUGGUGAGGCAUGUGUGGUUGCGACACGUCUUGGAGAGCACAUUACGUUCUGCACAGUACCUACGGCCGCAUUUUCAAACUGUUUGCAAUUGAUGCCCAAGGGCUUGUCAUUGAAACUGUUUGUAAAGAACCUGCUGCGCAGAACAUGUGGAAUACUUCGUGAAACUGCGAGAGAGUGUGCUGUGAAAGCAACAGAGACGUGAUGUAGCACAUUUUUGUUGAAUGCAAGAUUUUUUUUUAAAGGUGUACUCAGGGGGCAGUCUGUCCACCAAGCACCGUUUAUUGCGUGUUAGCCUACUUAUUGGCUGUGCACUCCCUGCAGCUAGCAUCAACAAGUUUUCUUUCUUUCUUUUUUUUUUUUCAUUCAUUCAUUGUGCUGAUAUAUCUGUGGACCAAAGCGUCAUUUUCUUCACAUUUUAUUGGCACUGCUCUUAUGUCACGGGAGGUACUUGACAUUGGAGGAGCAAACCGUUGUGAUGCGGGAGUUUAGCAAGAGAGAGUGAGUGAGUUUUGAUGUGCAUAAUUUCUAGCUCUACUAAAGCAUUACGAGCUGCCAACCAAAGAGUCUUACGUAAGCACAAACAAGAACCCUCCAGUACACAGAGCACAAGACUGGAGUGUCUGGAUUGCACAUUGCUGUCUUCUCAUGUGGGGGAGGGGUGGGUUACGGAACGUGGUUCUACUCUUUCUGCCCGGGACACGAGAUGUUUCAUGCGCAGUUGCAUCUCUUACAUAUUUUGAAUUGUAAGGAUUCCAGGCCUCUUUAGUGCUCUUCGCAGACCAGUAAUGUCAGAGUGGAAUUCGCUGGUAGGCGACGAGGAGAGAAUGUAACGUUAAAGGGGCAGUGUACCUUUUUUUUUUUUUUCUGCGUGCCAACGGAAGAAAAACUUGUGUGAGGGGUGGCCUGUACGGACAGCUGUUGCAGGCAGAGGUGGGGGAAAACUGCCUUGACUCUUGAGGGGGAAAACGUUGCUUUUGAUGUCCAAGCAUUCCAGAGGCAAUUGGUUAGGUUGAGACCUCUGAUUAUUUUGUAAAUGCUCUGCUUUCAGAGCAGUAGCUGCCCCCCAUACUUUUGUCUACCUCUUUUGGAAUAAAGAAACCAUCUUAGUUCCAAAGCUCAA